AUGCCCUCAGCCGCCGCGACUGACCCAGGGGCAUCAAAGUGUGGUAAAUCCCGAAGCAGGACAUUUCUGCGGCAAUGGUGCAGGCAGACGCUGGCGACACAUAUAAACCAACAGACUAGCUUAUCGAUCCAACCACAUCAGGUCCGGCUCUCCAAAACAGAGAAAUACGGCUACUACUGGAUUUUAGAGAACCACUCUAUUGAACACCUGUUCUCGAAAAGCCUCAGCAAGCUCAGAAUGAGUGAUUACAGGCAGCUGAGUCAGGAAGUCGGGCAUACUUUCAGGGCCGCUCCAGUAUCAACAACUGGAUUAGUGCACAGCCACGAUUCCGAUCCUUCCCAGUCGUCAACCGAAUUUUACAUCCCACCAUACCGUAACGCUGGGUAUGUAGAUUCACAGCAACGUGGAAUUGGUUACUCUUCGGACAUGCUCAACCACAAUAUGGCAGCUGAAGAGGCCGAGUCGAGCCGAUUGAGGGCUGAGCUCCUGAAUCUAAGCAUGCAACAUGAGUUUGCUAUCCAGCAGCUGCAAGACUGUAGAGCUCAGUUGCAAGCAGCUGUUGAGCAGAAGGAACUGUGCGAAUCAUUUGUAUUGAAGACCUUCCUAACAAUGGAUGACUUAGGGAGGAUGAUCGAGGGCCUACGAGACGGGGGGUACAGAGUUCUGGGAGGGUAUAAUGAAGCAGAGAGGAGUUAUGGAGAGCUGCCAGCCCAAACUAGCUUGUUCGCUGAAACUCAAGGACCAUAG